AUGGCAUCCCCCAAAAAUCACCAAUAUCUUUCCAUAUAUAUUAUUGAUAGCGAUGUUUUUCUCAAACUAUUACAUCUACGGGUUUCCUUAAAGAUUAAUUCAUAGAAGCGACAAUUAUUUAAUGAUAUUGUUUUAAUUUCGGAAAAAUAACAUUACUACCUCUUACAAUUUAGAUUAGAUAUAAAAUUAUCUUGUACUUAUUAUUUAAACACUAAACAUAAGACUAAGUCAUUAGUAUAUAAUAAAAGAAAAUUUUAUUUUAAUUAGGUGGUGCUAUAUUUAUAAUUCGCAAGAGAACGGAUAAAUUUAAUCAGAAAGUUAACAAAUUUAAGAAAUAAUCAAUUAAUUAACAGUCGAAGCAUAAAACAAUAAAAUGGUUUUAGCGAAAUGA